AUUAUAAUAAUCAGCUAUCUUCUUCUUCUACUUCUACUUCUAUUACCUAUACCCGGCCGCCGCCUGUUCUAUCCAUCAUCAUCCAUGAAUUGUCGUCGUCGUCAAUAACAAAGAAGCAAUUGAAUUGAAGCUGCUGCUGCUUGCUGCUGCUGCCCAAUUCUCCAAACCCUAAACCAAUUUAUUUAUUAGAAUUUUCUUUCUAUAUAAAAAAAAACCCUCUUCUUUAAAGGUGGUGGUGGUGAGGAAAAGUAAAACCCCGUGCCAACCCAGAACCAGAUUCAAAGUUGUACAACUCUCUUCUUAUUUAUAUAGAUAAAAAAAAAAGUCAUCAUCCAACUCCAACCCCAACCCAACCCAACCUAAAAAAGCUACUCAUGAAACCGACUUGUUUACAUAUAUGUCAAGCUUUAGCAACCAAGAGCUUUCCAAAGAAAUUGAGGUACCAACACAUCGUUCCAGUUUCCGCUUCAGCCUAAAUUGUUGUUAGGUAAUAGUAGUACAAGUAGUGCAAUCAAUGCUUCUUUAAAUAUGGUGAAGAAAGUGAGCCGUUUUUCCGCAAUUAAGAGAGCAGCAACCUGCUGCUGUAUCUGCUUCUCCAAAGACAAACAACAACAACAACAACAACAACAACAACAACGAUCCUCCUCCGAUAAGAAGAUUAAGAGGAAUAGGAAUGGACAUAAAUCAUUCAUUCCCAUAUUCAAUGAGCCGAGCAGCAUCGAGAAGAUCUUGGAAGAUGCAGAACGACAAACACUCUCCCUCAAGCCUCUUCCGUCUUCCUCUUCACAAGAAAUAGCACCACCGUCCCCAAAAGACCCUUUUCCUACUAAGCCUACUACUACUUCUUCCACAAUUGUGGACGAUCAACUUCCUCCAACUCCAAAACUAGUUUCAUCAUCAUCAACAAAGAUUCAGGCAGCACCCAACAAAAGAGGCUUUGUGGACGUGGAUCAAGUUCAAGCUCCUCCCAAACUAGUUUCAUCAUCAGUAGUAACAAAGAUUCAGGCAGCUAACAGAAGAGGCCAUGUGGACGCGGAUCAAGCUCCUCCUCCUCCAAAACUAGUUUCAUCAUCAGUAACAAAGAUCCAGGCAGCCUACAGAGGCUAUGUGGCAAGAAGAGGGUAUAAGGCUUUAAAGGGUCUGGUGAGGCUUCAAGGAGUGACAAAGAGUGAGAGCGUGAAGAAACAGAUUAUGAAUGCCAUGAAAACGAUGCAAUCUUUUUCAAAGCUACAAAAUGAAAUUCGAUUACUGAGAAUUCAGAAAUUGGAAAGCAAAGCAUUCCAAAGACAGGCUCAAUUGAUCAACAACAACAACAACAACAACAACAGGGAAUCAGCCGCCGCCGACACCCAGAGCAAUGAAUGGGAUGACAGUAUGCUAUCGAAGCAUGAAAGGGAAGCAAGACUAGAGAAGAAGCAAGAGGCAAUCCUACUCAGAGAGAAAGCAAUGUCUUAUGCAUACACUCAACAGCACCUAAGAUAUCCUCCUCAUUCAAAUUCACAUCUCCCUUGGUGGUGGAAUUGGAUAGAUCACAAACUACCUUUAAUCGUGCUCCCACCCACUAAUAACAACAACAACUCUUCUUCUUCUUCUUCUUUUGAUCAUCAUCAUCAUCAUUAUCCGUCAUCUUUGAAGAAAGAUACGCUUGGCGGAGAGGUAAGUCCAAUGAGUUACUACCCAAGAUCAAGGCCUGGCAGUUCAGCUGCUGGUGCACGUAAAUUCCGUCCCUUUAACAACAACAACAACGACGACAGCAGCAGCCUAGUGAGCUGUCCAGCGUUUUCAUCUCCUCACAGACACUACAUGGAACAGACAGCCUCGGCCAAGGCUAAGGUAAGGCCAAAAAGUAAUCCUAGGCAGAGGAUGAUGCCGGGGAGGAUGAGUCAGAGUCCUGGUGGUGGUACUGAAUCAAGUAGUAGGAGGUUUUCUUUUCCUACAACACCAUCCAUUUCUGGAUCUUCCAAAUUCAGAGAAAGCAUUGAACAGCAGGGGAGUGGUGGUCUUCAUGAUAAGGUGGAUCGGCUGAGCAUGGGCUCACCCACUUCAGUGACUUCAAGAAAUAUUCUCGACAGGAAACCAUUUAACCGAUUUGUGUGAUCUAACCAUUUGAGGAGAAUUGAGAUACUCUUUAUCUAUUAAUUUGUGUUUGUUUGUUUGUUUGUUUGUUUGUUUGUUUGUUUGUGUGUGUGUGUUUGAAAAGAGUGCUGGCUGAUUGUAGUGUGAUUUCGGAUAGGGAACAACAACAUUUCAGAGUUUGUCAAAAUGAAAAAAGAUUCUGCUCC